ACAAAUUCCCCCUCCAUCAAGUUACUUUGCCUCACGUUGUGCAAUAGUGUAGAAAUUUAGUAGAGUGAAAAUCUUUUGCAGUCCUACGAGUAAGUGUUGGUGUAAUCGACAAGUAUUAUAUUUGUGAUGGAGACCACAGAGCAAUCAAUGCCUUCUGACAUAAUUCCGACCCGCAACUAUACAAGCGCUUCAGAGAAAAGUCUUUGGUGGUAUAUCAAAAGAACAAAUAAAGAUUACUAUGGAGUAGGUAAUGGUAAAUCUCGCUAUGAUGGUGUAUGGCCCCAAGCAUUUCGAACACGACGGUCCUAUAGUGGAUUCACGACUCGUGGUUAUGAACAACGCGAAAUGUGGACGCAGGCAUUGCGAAUAACCCUUGGAAAUAACAACGACAUUGGUGCUUUGGUAAGGUUGACGAACUCGUACUUCUUGGUUGGUGGUGAAGACGAAGCAGAGAAUUUUUGCAGGACUGUUCAAGGCGAUCUGCCUGAUAUUCCUGUGAUAAGAACUUCCUUAAGCGGGUGUAGAGUAAUUGGGCGAAUGUGCGUGGGAAACAAUCAUGGUCUUCUUGUACCUGAAGCGAUUUACGACACAGAAUUAGACCACAUUAGAGACAAAAUACCGGAGCCCAUCCAAAUUAAAAAAAUAGAAGAAAGGUUAUCAGCAUUAGGAAACGUGGUUGUAUGUAAUGAUCAGGUUGCCCUGGUACAUCCAGAAUUGGACAAGGAAAGCGAAGAAAUGAUCGAAGAUACGUUACAAGUUGAAGUUUUUCGUCAUGUGAUAGCCAAUAAUCCUCUUGUUGGUUCAUACUGUGUUUUAAAUAAUAAUGGAGGGUUAGUGCACGUUGAUAUCAGUCAAACUGAUCUUGAAGAUUUAUCGUCACUACUAGGGUUACCUCUAAUCCCUGGAACAGUUAAUUAUGGCAACAAAGCCGUAGCAGCAGGGGUAGCGGCAAAUGAUACUAUUGCAUAUGCAGGAAUGAAAACAACAUCAAGAGAAUUUUUGGCUAUCGAAGAGGCGUUCAGGUUACCAGGACGCGGUUAAUGAAGAGACUACAAUAUAUGUACAUAGUUUCUUUGUGAUGAUUUCCGUAUAUUUAUUUAUUUAAUUUUGUAUUUCCUGUAAUUGGAUUUUUCUGUUGGAAAUAAAUUAUUAUUAUUACAAAGCAACAAA